GCACGUUACGAUGUUUGCGUUUUUUUAUCGUUUGGUUUUGUUAUUUUUUAUUUUUUUAUUUUUACUUUACGCGGUUUGAUCGGGUAAGUUAAGGAACGCGAGGAGAGGGAGGUUAUCGAUGUUCUCUUAUAUAUUUAUCAUUUAAAAAUGGAGUUGUUGAUGAGCAAUGAUUACUUUAUACUCGUCGACGGAUUGCACAGUUUAUGGUGUAGCAGAAUCGACGGAAAAUUAACUGCAAAGAAAGCAUCUCAAGUUUCCAGCGUACAUAGUCCAGUGUGUUUGGGAGUAGUUUAUGGAGUAAUAGGAAAAUUUCAAGUUCAUUCAGAUGUUGACAAAAAGUUACUACUUAUUCGGCAGCGAGCCUUGGUCGGAUGUCUCCCAGGGGGCCACGAAGUCUACAAAAUUCAAAAGAUAGCCAUUCUGCCAUUGAAUCAACAUGACGUUCCAGAAUUGGACAUUGAAAAAGAUGAGGAAACAACAGAACUGGGGAGUGAUAAAAAGAAUACCCCCAGAAAUAAGCUGUGCAAGAGGCACCACAUCGGAAUACGAAAGACUGAGAGAUCAGCUGUGGAAUGUCAGCAGAGGGCUCUACAGAAAACAUGGAAUUCGAUCAGAACGGCAACAGCCCAGGUUAAACCAAGACGGAAGGAUAACAAAGAUAGAGAAAAACUAGAAAGAAGAGUUCUAGAUGAAUUGGUUAAGAUGUUCACAGAUACGGAUUCAUUUUAUUAUUCCCUUUCUGGAGACAUUACUAAUACGCUACAGCGUCAACAGGCUCACUCGAAUUCUUCAAGUGUCGAAGCCAUUCCGCUCUGGAAGAGAGUAGAUGAGAGAUUUUUUUGGAAUCGCCACAUGUUAAUGGAACUAAUUGAAUCUUGGAAUCCUCAGGCAGAUCAUUGGAUUGUGCCUAUUAUCCAAGGCUUUGUACAGAUUGAACAAUGCUGGAUUGAUUCUGCAGAGACUCCAGAAUACAUAACCAGUCCGGACUGUGAAAUUAAAGACUAUUCUACCAAACAGGUCAAAGAAUACACGAUGACCGUCAUCUCUCGAAGAAGUCGAUACAGAGCGGGCACCAGAUACAAGCGUCGUGGUGUUGACGAAGAUGGAAAAUGCGCCAACUAUGUGGAAACCGAACAGAUAUUUCAAUAUUUAUCUCACAUUGUAUCAUUUGUUCAAGUGAGAGGUUCUGUUCCAGUAUUCUGGAGUCAACCUGGUUAUAAAUACAGACCACCUCCUCAGUUAGACAGAGGUAAGUAAUAACUUUUGUUUGUAUUAUCUGUGAUUGUUUUUAUGAGAAAAAAAAACUUUAUGCACAGUAAAUU